CCUCUAUCCUUAGCAACCCCAAACAGUAUGGCGGUAAAGGUACACAUGUACACGCUAUUCAAACAGUGAUCGCGAAGCGGUCGUUUGUGUACCUGUAGUUACUAGUAGGAGCAGUAGAUUAGAGAUGACGGCUUAUAUGCCACCAAUUUCGAGGAAAAAAAGGGUGGAGGCGAAGUUUGACCCGAACACUUUUCGCAUUUUUGGCGAUAAAGGAGUCACACGGCAACAACCUGAGCCUGUUUAUCCAGAAAUAUCACAAUACCAUGUUGACUAUGAUGGGAUAUGGGCACCUCCAGCCAUACCAAGGCCAGUGCCCGAUUACAGAAUAAACAGGCCGCAUGGACUCAGUGCCAGCUUUCUGAGGCAUAAUUGCAGAUUUCUGAAUGAGCCCAUAUGUAAUGUUACCACACAGAAUGUUCAUGAUGUACAACAUGAAUGGUACCCUGGUAUGCCAGAUCCUGUGGAAUCUGCAUCCCCAAGAAGAACAUUGGAUACAACAUUUAGAUAUGACUAUAACAAACUUGACAUCAAAAACCCUGGACUUACAAGGCAUGGAUGUAAUCCUAACACCAGUGCAGCUCUUGGCAUAGUGCCAGUCAACCCACUUCCAGAGAAAAAUGGCUCCCAUAGAUUUUGGAAAGAAAGGAUUUCAUAUGAGCAUCAAUAUAAUUCCAGAAAGGAUCCGAACUAUCCCAUAAGAGCAAAGCGCCAUGGCAGUUUUGUGUGGGACAGCAUUCCAACAGAGGUUGCAGUGAAAUAUGCCAAUCGACCUGGCUACUCAGCCAGUAGUCCAGUCUAUGUCCCCUCCCUCCUUACCAACGAGAUGCGUCGUGAGAUGACCAUGCCAGCAAACUUGAAAAUGGGUCAGUGCAAUGGUUCCGCAGGGAGCAGAAAUGGUAGUGCCAAAUCACGAAGAAGCAGCGUUGGAAGUAAAAGUGCUGAGAAACAGAAGCAAGGAAAAGACAAUGCUAUAACUAACACUGUACAUAAAGAAACUUCAGCACAGAGGAUUGAAGUAAAACCAAGCACAGGAAAAAGAAAACAAGAAGAACCAGAAGAGAAAUUAGAUGGCAUCCGUAACUUGGAUUCUUCAUAAGAGAAAUUAUUGUGAUGUUGAUUUAAGUGUGAAGGUUUUUUUUUAUUUCUUGUUUGUUUUCCAAUAUUUUCAUUUCCCACUCAUAUUCAACCAUGGUUUUUAUUUCAUUCCUGUUGUCUUAGCACUUCUAUACAUUUAAAAUAUAAUAGAUUGAAAAUUUCAAUUGGUUAAUCCUUCACUGAGGUGAAUAAGCAGAGCAAAUCAUUGUUCUCUAGUCAGUUAUCGGUUUGGUAAAAUACCAUCAAAAUAUGUUAGUUUAAGGUUUUAAAAGUAACUUAAAUCAAGCUUAAAUGGUUCAAAUUUGACAAGAACAUAUAAAUGGAAACAAAUGAGAUUUCCAAAAUCCCAAACUGUAUCAGAUUUUAUAUUAAUUGCUCAAUUUUUCUGUUAUGUAGUUCUUCGUAGACUUAUUUGUAUGUUUUUCUACUACCAAAAAAAGAGGUUUUGUGUAAAUGUUCUUCCAUGCAAAGGGUUUGCUGGUUUGACUUUUUAAAUACCUCUUAUGCUUUAUUGGUCAACACUUAUUUAUGAAGGAAAUACUUUUUAAUGUCCUUCUCAAGGGUAAAAAUCCUUCCAUAUUCUCAUUUAAAAUAACAUUAUGAAAAUACCACCAUUUUAGACAUAUGUAUUCAAAAUUCUUCCUUCACAAUGUGUGUGAUAAAGACAACUGGGCCUACAAAAAUCUGGCCACUUUAAAUGUUUUAAACUGUCUUUGUACAAAUUAAUUUUGUGAAUUGAUUAAAUAAACCAAUCUAAAAUACA